UAGGUCUUACCGGAAGUUCUGUCCUGACGCUGGAUGUAAACAGGCAGCCGAGCAGCUAGCUGGCUACCUGUUUAUGUCACGUUGUUUAAUGGAGCGGACAUAGAUAUGAAUGGACGAACCUUCUACAUUUAACUCGAUGCGCCAGAGAAACGCUUUCGUUUGGUUUCUAUACAAUGAAGCCGAGCAGCCUUCUGCACACAGCGUUGGGCUAAUCAUCGAAUCAAAUAGUGGUGAUUUACAGUAUGCCGCUCAUCAUCUCAUUGUGUGUUCUACGAGCAGUUGUUCACACAGAAAUGAUCUUCUCGACAGUCUGACCUGAAACAUCUAUUGUCUGAGCACGGACAAAUGGAGAAUGGAGACCUAUGCCACAUGAUGGGGGAGCUAGUGACUCUGAAUGUGGGCGGCUGUGUCUACAGCACAUCUCUGUCCACACUGCAACGAUAUCCAGACUCCAUGCUGGGAGCCAUGUUCAGAGGAGACCUCCCAACUGUCAAGGAUGCACAUGGAAACUACUUCAUUGACCGUGAUGGCCCACUGUUUCGCUACGUUCUCAACUUCCUGCGGACGUCAGAACUGUCGCUACCAUGUGACUUCAAGGAGACAGAGUUGCUCAGGAAAGAGGCCGACUUCUAUCAGAUUGAACCCCUGAUCCAGUGCUUGGGCGAUCCAAAACCCCUACUGCCCUACCCCACUGACAUUUAUGAGGAGGUGGUGGAGUUGUCCAGCACCAGGAAGUUGUCCAAGUACUCCAACCCUGUCGCUGUUAUCAUCACUCAGCUCACCAUUACUACCAAGGUUCAUGCUAUGCUGGAGUCCAUCUCCAGCAGUUUCACAAAGUGGAACAAACACAUGAUGGACACCAGAGACUACCAGGUGUCCUUCACCUUCGGACCAUGUGACUACCAACAGGAAGUCAGCUUACGUGUCCAUCUGCUUGACUUUAUCUCCAAGGCGGGUUUCACCAUACGCAACACACGUGUUCACCACAUGAGUGAACGGGCUAAUGAGAAUACAGUUGAACAUCACUGGACAUUCUGCAGGCGAGCUCACAACAUCAAUAAUUGACUGGUUCAUUGAUGAGGUGCCUGCAGACUAAAAGACUGGGAGUUGGUUUUGUUUUUUGUUGUGUGUUAAUGUUUUGUUCCUGAGAUCAUUGCAUCAGUCUACUUGGAAAUAAAGGUGAUGCUACUGGAAGGCCACAAUUUGUCAGAUCUGGUCAGACAUCAGUUCACUAAUGCUGUUGUGGCUGAACAUGAUCAUGAACAUGGUGUUCUGUCAGCUUGGAAUGAAUGUUAACUGUAAAUGAAAUAAUGUUAAUAAGGUCAAAUAUUUUUAUCAUCUCUCUUAACUUUAAUAUCUCUCUAACUGAAGUUGGUCAAUUUUUUAUUUUCAUGACCUUCAGACAUGAAAGAUUUUCAACAUAGACUUACUUUCUUUGUUAAUGUAUAUUUCCUUUUGUACUACUAAUGUUCUGCUAAUACAGAGUGUCACACCCGGUGACCCAGACAGGAUUCAAACCUUGGUCUCCCAUACCUGCUGUUCAUUAAAGUCUGGUAUUGUUUUUAA